CUAAGCCACCCAAAUAAAGUAUUUAAAAAAAAAUUUUUUUUUUCUCUGUCAACUUCAAUGUGGGAGAAGCUCCGUAGUUUCCCAAAAUUCUUUUAGGCUGAAUGCCAGCAAAUCUGUCAAGCUUUCCAAGCUCGAGAGUGUUUUCUGCUGCCCUCUGGUUGCAUUCAGUGGGCUUCCUCGCCCGGCGACGUCGCGUGUACGGGAGGGUGAGAAAGUCAGCAACUCUCGGGCACCGUGGGCGGUCCGCCCCUUGGCGGCCGGGUCGUGGCUCCCCGUGACCUCCCAGCGUUCCGCCUGGGCGCGUGCUCCCGGGCCGCUGUCCCUGCGUUCCCGCCAGAUAUUUAAGUUUCAUUUCCCGCUGCCACUGCCGGCUCCUCCUCCCGUGGCCCACAAACCGAGUCUCCCUCCUUUCGGGGAAGAGAGAGCGCCGGCCAUGGAUCCCCGGCGCGGAAAUGCCACGCGGAGAGCUUCGAAGGCCAGAGCCGCCACCCACAAGGUUCUGGCGCAAGGAGAGAAGGGUCCCCGGGCUGAGCCCAGCGAACCUCCGGCCGCCCUUGGUGCCGCCGGGCCCAAAGCACAGAAGUGCGGCCCCGUCGGGGCAUCUGGACCCCGGCGGAAGAAGAGUGCCACGGGCUCCACGGAGAGACCACAGGCGCGCGCUCGGAGUGUCCGCGCCAAAAAGGCGCCUCUGGGCGCCGAGGACGUGGUGGAGGGGCUGGCGGUUCCGGCGGAGGAGCUGGCGUCUCCUGCGGCUCCGGGGCCGCACCUUCUCAGGACCGGAUCUCGCCGCGAGAGGGACGCGCGCGCCGCUCAGGAGCCGAGAGACUUGCCAGAGCCCACGGAGGUCUCCGGCCUCGGCCCGCUGCUUCCCGAGUGGAGUCUGAGGCAGAAGAGGGAGGCGCCUGGCGCCUGGAAGCCCCGAGCGGUGCUGGAAAAGUUGAGGCUGAGGCGCGAGGAAAUCUCAGUGGCGGCGGAGAUUGUGAACAGGGUUGUGGACCACCUGCUGCGGAGAUUGCAGAGCUGUGAGUCCGAUUUCAAAGGGGUCUCGCUGCUGCGCACCGGAAGUUACUACGAGCACGUGAAGAUUUCUGCUCCUAAUGAAUUUGAUAUAAUGUUCAAACUGGAGGUCCCCAGAAUUCAGCUAGAAGAAUAUUGCAACAGUGGUGCUUUUUACUUUGUGAAGUUCAAAAGAAAUCCCAAAGGAAAUCCUCUGAGUCAGUUUUUAGAAGAUGAAAUAUUAUCAGCUUCUAAGAUGCUGUUCAAGUUUAGGAAGAUGAUUAAGGAAGAAAUUAAAAACAUUCAAGAUACAGAUGUCAUUAUGCAGAGGAAGAAGAGGGGGAGCCCUGCUGUAACACUUCUUAUUAGAAAACCUAAAGAAAUAUCUGUGGAUAUAAUCCUGGCUUUGGAGUCAAAAAGCAGCUGGCCUGCUAGCACCCAGGAAGGACUGCCCAUCAGUCAGUGGCUUGGGACAAAAGUUAAAACCGAUUUGAGACGACAGCCAUUUUACCUGGUACCCAAGCAUGCAAAGGAAGGAAAUGGUUUUCAAGAAGAAACAUGGCGGCUGUCCUUCUCUAACAUUGAAAAGGACCUUUUGAAAAGUCAUGGACAUUCUAAAACAUGCUGUGAAACUGAUGGAGUAAAAUGUUGCAGGAAAGAUUGCUUAAAACUAAUGAAGUAUCUCUUAGAACAAUUGAAAAUAAAGUUUGGACACCGAAAGGAACUGGAUAAAUUCUGCUCCUACCAUGUGAAAACUGCCUUCUUUCAUGUCUGUACCCAGGACCCGCAAGACAGUCAGUGGCACACCAGAGACCUAGAGCUCUGCUUUGAUAACUGUGUGACAUACUUUCUUGAGUGCCUCAAGAUUGAACAACUCAAGCAUUAUUUUAUUCCUGGAUUCAAUCUAUUCUCUCGGGACCAAAUUGACAAAAUAAGUAAAGAAUUUCUAUCACAGCAAAUUGAAUAUGAAAGAAACAAUGGAUUUCCAGUUUUUCGUGAAUUUUGAAAUUAUAUUUUUAAAAAUAAUCAAGAAUUUAGAGUGACUUUAUAAUAAUUGGAAUGUUUGAGGGGCGUCUGGGUGGCUCAGUCGGUUAAGCGGCUGCCUUCGGCUCAGGUCAUGAUCCCAGAGUCCUGGGAUCGAGCCCCACAUCCAGCUCUCUGCUCAGUGGAGAGCCCCUCAUUCAUUCAUCUGUCAAAUAAUUGAAGGCCUACUAUGCCUCAUAACACUUUUAUAUGUAUUUCUGAAAAGGCAAUACAUGCAUACAACACUUAAAGGAACGGAUGGAAUUGCCCUUUCUCCUCUGCUGUUCAUUAACUUUUUCCUUCUUGUGUAUUUUGUACAUUUUCUUAUUGGCUAUUGUAUUGUUUUCUCGUUUUGUGGAAGUUCUUCGUAUACUUUGGAUAUUUAUACUUUGUUGCUUGCCUACAUAAUGAAUAACGUGUGGCAUGUCUUUACCAUUUUUGGUGUCUUUUAGUAAACCAGGGUUUUUUUUUUUUUUUAAAGAUUUUAUUUAUUUAUUUGACACAGAGAGACACAGCGAGAGAAGGAACACAAGCAGGGGGAGUGGGAGAGGGAGAAGCAGGCUUCCCUGAGCAGGGAGCCUGAUGCGGGGCUCCAUCCCAGGACCCUGGGAUCAUGACCUGAGCUGAAGGCAGAACGCUUAACCAACUGAGCCACCCAGGCACCCCAGUAAACCAGGUUUUAAAACUUUAAUGUAGUUGAAUUUAUCAGUCUUCUCCUUCACAGUUUGUGCACUUUAUACAUCUUGUUUAUUUCUUUUUUGAAGAUUUUAUUUAUUUAUUUGACAGAGACAGAGAUAGCGAGAGCAGGAACACAAGCAGGGGGAGUGGGAAAGGGAGAAGCAGGCCUCCCGUGGAGCAGGGAGCCUGAUGUGGGACCCGAUCCCAGGACCCCGGGAUCAUGACCUGAGCUGAAGGCAGAUGCUUAACGACUGAGCCACCCAGGCGCCCUUUAUACAUCUUGUUUAACAACCUACUUAAACAUACUAAGAGAACAGACAUUUGGAGGAGAGUUUUGGGGACAGUGAAUGCUAACUAAUAGAAAACUAGACAAACAAAAAAGUCCAAACUUUUUAAUUCCAGAGGAAAAACGAAUGCGUGCAAGAAAAGUUCUGAUUUGAGAAUAUUGCUCAGCUGUAUUUAUAUAUGAAGCCAAAGUAAUAUAACCAUUGACUCUUAGUCUUAUCAGAACUAUGAUGAGUUAUUUGGGGAGGAUAAGGGAACAGGCUGAGUGCUUGUAUGGUGACAGUGGGGUACAGGGGUUGGAUUCUAUAGUUUGCUAUUGCUGCAUAACAAGUUACCACAAACUUAAUGGUUUCAAGCAACACACAUUUAUUUUCUCAGUGUGUGUGGGUCAAGAGCCUGGGCAUGGCUCUGCACAGGGUCUCACGAGGCUACCAUCAAGGUGUCAGGUGGGGCUGCAGUCUCAUCUGAGGCUUGACCAAGAAUGAUCCACCUUUGCUGGCAGUAUUUAGGUCCACACAUUUGUAAGACUGAGGACUUCAGUUUCUUCCUGAAUGGCAGCCAGAGGUUGUCCUUAGCUGCUAGGAACUGCUUUGUGUUCCUUGCCAUGCCAGCCUCCCAGCACUGGCAGCCCAUGCAACGUGGCAGGUCACUUCAGAGCUCAAGGGAGGGAGAGACUCCAGCAUGAGGCUGUGCUACAGUCUUACUAACAUAAUUGCAUGUCCAUAAUCGUGUACCCUCCAUGUCCUUUACCAUAUUAAUUGGUUGGAAGCAAGUCACAGGUCCCACACAUAUUCCAGGGGAGGGAACUCACUCAGGAGUGUUAUGCCAGUUUAGCCAACUACACAGGGGAAAAACAACCCCCACAAGAGCAGCCUCACUUCUGACACCAACUGCAGUUUCAGGAGAUUCCCACAAGCACUCUUAGGUUUGAUAAUUUGCUGGAAGGACUCAGAAUUCGCUGAAACAGUUAUACUCCUGGUUACUGGUUACAAUUCAUUACGGGGUAAAGAUGCAGGCUGAAAUUAGCCAAGGGAAGAGCACAUAGAGCAGAGACCAAACAGAGCUUCUGUCCUCCCUUCCCUGUGGGGUCACAGAUGCAUUAUUCUCUUGCAUCGGCAUAUAACAAUACACGUGGUAUAUUGCCAACCAGGGAAGCUCAUCUGAGUCUGUGUCCAGAAUUUUUAUUGGAGCUCAGUGGUUGACUGCCUACAUGUCUAACCUCAGAGUCCAACCGCUGUGACCAUCAUGACCCAAAGCCCCACCAUAAAUCACUUUGUUAGACUUUCUGGCAUGUUCCAAGGCCUUAGUGAUUACCUGCCAGAAGCCAAUGGCAAAGGCAAGACUUCUCUCUGAGUUAGGUUACUGACGAGUUAUAUUUUCAUGUUUUUGUUACCUAGAUACAAAUCCCAGGAGGGUGAGAGUCAUGGAACCACCCUAAGAGUAUAACCAUCAUAGGUAUGAAUGAGCUGAAUUCUCUCUCUUACAGUGGGAGAUGAGUAGAUAAUAGCAAAUUUGAAAAACCAAGAAAAUGUAAUAUAAGCAUGUUAUUUAGAAAUGGCUAAGGGGCGCCUGCGUGGCUCCGUCAGUUAAGUACUCUUGAUUUUGACUCGGGUUGUGGUCUCAGGGUCAUG